AAUUGGUUUACACUAUCUCGUAAAUAGAUAUUGGAUAUUGGAAGUGACCUUCAAGUGCAUCAGUGCCUUCAUACAAUGCCCACACCUGCCAGUUGGUUGUUUAUCCACUGGUUGUGGGUGCCGGGACCUAUACAGUUUUGUUAAGUCUCAUCAGCGUAUAGCUAUGCCUUACCAACCACAGAAUUUCUCGUGGGUUUCAAAGUCCGUUGCAGGGUUUGGAUUCCCCCAUGAUAAGUCUGAAAUGGAAUACCUAGUUAAUGAAGCCGGAAUAUCUCAUAUUAUCACCAUGUGCCAUGAAAUUCCCUCGUUUGUUUCGGAUUUUAAUGUAAAGCACUAUCACCUACCAGUAGAAGAUUUAACCGCUGCAAGCUUACCUAUUAUUCAAAAAGCUAUGAAGAUCAUCAGCGAGGCUGAAGCGCAAAAUGAGAAAGUCGGCGUUCACUGUCAGCUUGGAAGAGGUCGUGCAGGAACAAUUUUAGCCUGCUACCUUGCCUAUAAAAAUAAUCUCAGUGGCAAUGACGCCAUUAAAGAAUUGCGUCGUCUCAGACCAAAAUCAAUUGAUGGUGAACAAGAAGAAGCAGUGAGACAGUAUGCGAAGUCUACUAAACACCAGUGACUUGAGAUGAUGGAUGGAUACUUGUUAUUUAUGUCACAAAUAGUAUUCAUGACUUUUACUUUUUUGUUGACUAUUAGUAACAGCAGUUCAGUUGACGUUUUCAUGAGCAGUAGUUACUUAUAAGCUAACAAUGCAGUCAUCAAUGGUAUUUGAAGUCGAUUUCCUUCUGAAAAGCAAUUCUUACUUCUUGGUCUACUAGUUUGCGGAAAUGUUUAGGAG